UGUCGAAUUACGUGAAGCUUAUUUGAUCGAAUAGAAGUUUCAUAAUGUUUAGGCUGUUACCAAUGUAAUGAUGUAAGUGGAUGCACGUGGCAUUCUAGCAACUUUAAGAAAAACUACUUAGUUGUUCCUGUUGUUCACGCAUGUAUCCACACUCAUUGGCUAGAAUGGUCCCACCUGAUCUCGCCUGCCUUCAAUCAUUGAGGACAUGUAUUUCCAUUGUUAGAGCGUUCCCUCGGCUAUCUUGUAGGCUAAAUAUAACAGAUCAUCUUCGGGAACAAUGAAAGAGCUGGCUGGUAGUGCUACAGAGAGAUGGGGAACAGUUGUGAAAGGGAGAGUAAAAAACAAAUCACAGAUUCCCUUGCUUGGAGUAACAGACAAUACCAGCCUGACGCAAAGGGGAGAAAUGGAGACAAUGUGAAUAGAUGCAGAUAGAGAGUCGGGUCAUUUUCCACACAGGCUGAAAAGUAUGCUGGAAAUAAAUGAAUUUGGUGUGAUGCUGAAUUGGGUCAUGCAGACCCCAAGAAAAGCGAAACACACACACACCCGCCUCCCGUUGCCUUGCAGGCUGAGCGAAUAAUCCAAAACAGAAGAGCGCCUUUACGCACGGAACCAAACGGAGAAUUACCAACACAGACGAGAAAACAAGACACAAAGACGGACCUCAAUUCAGUUCACACUAAUAGGUCAAAAACAGGACAUCUCGUCGACCAGACCCCAGUGAAUCAACCGGUCAGUUGAAGAUUGCAGGUGCUCCUUGCACGGCGCGAAUGCAGGACCACGGAGAAGAGAGACAGGUCGCCAGCAGUCUGCCCCACAGCGUCAAGGCGAGCCUGUCUCUGUCUCCGUUGGGGGUGGGCAGUGGUGGGGGCUCUCCCACCUCCAACGUGGGCUACUGCGGUGGUGGAGGGGUGCCUGUGGAGGACAUGCAGGCUCUGGCCAUAACCUCCCUGCCGGCUGCAGACAUGGCAAAACACUACGAGCACAUCUGCGAGCUGGGCAAGGGUACCUAUGGCAAGGUGGACCUGGUGGCACACCGCACAAAGGGCACCAAAAUGGCUCUGAAGUUUGUGACUAAGAGCAAGACGAAGCUGAAGAGCUUCCUGAGGGAGUACAGCCUGACGGGAACACUGAGCUGUAGCCCCUUUAUCAUCAAAGUCCUGGACGUACUCUUCGAGACCGAGGAUAGCUACGUCUUCGGACAGGAGUAUGCCCCUGCAGGAGACCUGUUCGACAUCAUUCCUCCCCAGGUGGGUCUUCCGGAGGAGAUGGUGAAGCGCUGUAUGCAGCAGCUGGGUCUGGCUCUGGACUUCAUGCACAGCAAGAACCUGGUGCACCGUGACGUCAAGCCCGAGAACGUGCUCCUCUUCGACCGCGAGUGCCGACGCGUCAAGCUGGCUGACUUCGGCAUGACGCGGAGACUGGGCUGCCGGGUGAAGCGCGUGAGUGGCACCAUCCCGUACACGGCGCCGGAGGUGUGCCGCGCCAGUCGUGCCGAAGGCUUCCUGGUGACCACCAGUCUGGACAUCUGGGCAUUCGGAGUGCUUGUCUUCUGCAUGCUGACUGGCAACUUUCCCUGGGAGGCAGCGCUGCCCGCUGACGCCUUCUAUGAUGAGUUCCGGCGCUGGCAGCGGGCGGGGUGCCCCACAGCGGCCUAUCCAUCCCAGUGGCGCCGCUUCACUGAUGACGCCCUGCGCAUGUUCCAGCGGCUGCUAGCUCCCGAACCUGAGAAGCGCUGUGGCGUGAAGGAUGUCUUCUGCUUUGUCAAGUACGAGCUGGUCAGCGAGCUCCGACGCCGUGCCUCCUGCCGAGCCAAGAGAGGUGAGAGGUCCAGUUCAUCUGGUGUAUGCCCUGCAGGCUGCACCUCUACCUCCUCUUCGUCCUCCUCCUCAUCGCGCUCCCACAGACACCCAGAGCCCUCCACCCCCCCAGGGACGACCUCCCUCUUGCGCCCAGCGCCCCUGAAGAGGAGCGUCCUCUCUGACCCCCACUCCCUUCGAGAGGAGUCUCCUGGCCAGCACCACUCUUCUCCAGGUCGAGAGAAGACCAAGAGCCAGAUGGUGAUGGCUACUGCCAUAGAGAUCUGUGUCUGAGAGAGACGGGAUGAGCAGCGGUAUCUGUGGGUGUUGCCAUGGCGAUAUGAAGCCGUGAAAGGUACUAGCGACGGCCAUGUUGACUGGAGUGAAAGGUUGACGUAUUAGAACGCUGCCGAGAAGAAGCCCAAUGUCGAAUUCUUGACUGUGACACAGAAAUUGGUAUCAUCACUCAUGGCAGUGCAGUCUUGGACAAGUCAUCACUAGCGCAUGCGUUUGUCAUUUUAAUUUGCGACCUAAGACUGUUUUCUGAGUUGGAGAAGCGACAUUCAAGAGUCCACUGACUGACAUCGUUUUUUUCACAGCAACUCGUUCCACUAUUCAGCCAUUUUGCUUGUUAGCACACACAUUACACAGUUACUAUGACAACGGGACAUUGCUCAUCUAGACUUUCUGGACUGAGGCAGGAACCUGCUGUCAGACAUCAUCUCAGGACAUCUCAGCGGGUCACUUCCUGUCUCACAGUGACUUCCUGUUGAGGGUUACAGGUGAUUUCCUGUAGUAGACCAUUGUUUAAAAGGACACAUUUCAUACUGUAACAGUGUGCUAAUUGGUUCAUACAGGCACAGGCAUCUUCCAAUGUGAAAAGAAAUGAGAAAAUAUAUAAUUGCUUCUAUAGAAUACAGGGAGUGCUUAUUUUAUACUUGCUGUUUUUGUGUGUGUGUGUAUGUGUGUGAGUAAGGGGGGGGGC